UCUUCACUUGGUUUCUCCUUGCCUAAGAUAUAUUUAAGUAUGUUUUACUGAGUUUGGAUUUCUUGUUCACUUCAUUUCAUCUAUUUGGGUAGACCAUGGGGGGCAAAGACUCAGCUCCUUCAACUUUGAAAAUCUCAUUGAAGGAUAUGCUUACAACAAGUGUUACUGAUAAGUUGCUGUGGAAAUAAAUGUGCUGGGAAGUUGGCUCAAACUGAAAACAGCAAGGUGCUCUUCUGUCUCUGCUCAAACACUUGGCUAUAGAAGAGUGAAAAAUUCUAUAGCAGAAUAAAAUAUGAUUGAAAUUUCAUAAAAAUAUUUUCAAGUUGUCACUGAAGAUGGGCUACAGUGAAGAAAUAUGAUGUAAGACUAAAAUGGGGACUUCCACAGCAUCUGCUAAGAUAAUAGAGCAGAAAACCCUGUUUUGUGCUUCCAUACGAUACAUGAAUAUAAAGCUGCAAAAAACGAGAACAAAGUUUUCAACAAAAAUGUUGAAAGUGGCUGAGAAAUUGUAGGCGAAAGAAUCACCUGCCCAUUUGAUUAAUGAGAUUAUUAUUUAGAUCAUUCUAUUUAUGACGUGUGAGGACAAUGCAAGGGAAUAAAAAACACACAGAUGGACAAAGUGAUUCCUCCAGUAUUGGGAGCCUUCUAGAUGACACAGACAGAGAGGUCUGCAGCCUCACUGACAGAGCCUUCAAAAGUCUGUGUGUGGCUGAGCUUGAAUCAUCUUACACAGAGUUUGAUCCAGUUGUUUCACCCAACAUCUCCAAUCAGAUCACUAGUAAAUUUUUCCAAGGCCCACAGAACCAUGCUAUCAAGAAAAAUACUCUCUCUAACAAGGGAUUGCCGACAUUCCAGCAGCUUCCAAAGGAUGCUCAAGAAGGUGAAAUGGACACUGAAGGUCAAAAGGCUACUACAAACAACAACCCAAGCAUAAGGAAGAAGCUGGGUUUGCCAGCAUGUGGUUUGCGCAAUUAUACACAUACCUCAAAAGUGUCAUCUUUGAUAAAGACCUUUGACAAAGUUGAGAAUCAACAAGCACUAGCCAAGCAGCCAGUUAAAAACAAUUUGACAAAAUUCCCAUUAAUUUGUGGGACUUUCUGGGGUGCCAAAACAAUUGUAAACAUCCAAAGGGGCCUCUCUGAAUUUUCUGAACCAUGCCAUGCCAUGGCAAAUGUAAGCAGUAUGAAUGAAAUCCAUAAAAGGCAGAAGAAAAUGGAUUUGGUCUGUCAAGGUGCACAUGGCUUCUGUCCUUCAAAUAUACGAACAGCUGUCUCUAAAAAGAUAGUAAAAAACCAAACAGGGAAAGCACAAGAGCCAGCUGCAAAGGGCAGCUUUCUCCACAGUGAGAAUAGUGCUUUUGAAUCCUGGAAUUUGCAUCAUAAAAAGUUGAUUGAGAGAGGCAGAUCUACUGCAAUUAUAUUCAAAGAAAGAGAUCUUACAUACUUUAAAGAAACACCUUUCUUCAAAGAGUCCUGUAUUCCUGAACAUAAAUCUCAGAAGGUCACAGCACCCAUAAUUUUAAAACAGGAUUUCUCUGAUGUCUUUCCACAAAAGCCUCUAUCCAAAGCAUUUCUCUCCCCAUUAUCUCUAGCCCAUCUACCUUUUCCUCCACUCUCUAUAGCCAAAGAUACUGUUGCACAAAUGUUGUUACCCCAAGUUUCUGAUCUGCCAGCAUCUGCGUGCAGGAUUCCUUCACCACAAUACCUCACAUCCAAAACUUCUUUUCCACCGACUCCACAGGUUGUUGCAUCACUGAUACCAAUUUCUAAGGCUUCUGUGCCACCACAAUCUCUGCCUCAAGGCACUCUUUCACCAGAAACAGUAUCUGAUGUACAAGAAUUGGUGACACAAGUUACUGAGUUAUCAGAAUGGACUAAAAAUUCAGAAUUUAAGUCUGAAGAGAAAAAUGUUUGCCCACCCUGGAGGAGACAAAAAACAGCCCUUGGAGGAAUGAAACUGAUGCAGGAGAUUGCACCUGAAAUGCUAAAAAUGAAGAAUUCCUUAUAUAGUAAACCAUCUGAUGUCACCCGUUUGGCUGAAACAGCUGUAGAUGAGUCACACGUGGCUUCAUCUGAACAUUCCAGUCCUUCCUUUAAUAUCUCAACACUUUUAACACCAGUCAUACCUCCCAAACAAGCAGCACCAGAAAGUCAAUUAUUACUAGGAAUUCCUCCCAUAUGUGAAGCUGGAACAGUCAAAGAAGCUGAGGAGUGGACACUUCAUUCUUCUCAGAACAAUUAUAAGUCUAAAGCACCAAGUUUAUUAUUCAAUCUGAAGGAUAUUCGAAAACGUGUGAAAAGUACGUACAGUCCCUCUCCUCUUCUUAAAAAUUUUGAGGAUAAAAAGGUGAAAGGACAGGCAUGUGUUACAGCAGGCAAUACACUUAAAGAAUGUAAUAAAACAUUCAUAGAGGAUGAUGAAACAGGUCAUAAGCAAACGGACAGUACCCAUGCAAGAGCCCGUGCUACCAGUUUAAUUCAGGAUCUCCCUGACAGUUACCUGACUCUAGAGGACUGUGAGGUGUCAUCAGUGACUGAGCUCCACCCAAAUGAGCACAGCAGAAGACACUAUUCCCCAUUAAAGUCUUAUGAUGCAGAUGUGACAAAAGAACAUGAAGAAUAUGUGCAAAGUUUCAAUUUGCAAGAUCUUAAAAAUAAAAAAAAAUAUCAAAGCCACAGUACUGAUGUGGGACCACAAGUAUCCCCAAAUUUAUUUUUCACACCUGAAGAAAAUGUGAACAAUGAAAAUCAAGCCUGUCAGCUGACUGGAAAUGGACAGAAAGGCAAAAGAAGCACCAGCUCUUCUGAACAAUCAUUUGUCUCUAUAAUAAAACAACCAUUUCAUGACGACUCCUUUUUUCUAAUGCAGCUCUUUCAGAAAGCAUGUCUUGAAGAAAGCCAGAGGAGUAAGAAUAAGUUGACUGGAGAAGAAAAGCUAUGUAGCAAAGGAGAAGAAGAAAAGAAGGCAGGGGGGUGUCUGAGCAUCUGCGGCUCAAACAUAGAUGAGAAGAAGGAGGGGGGAACAGAGCAGUGUGUCAAUGAAAACACUGUGCAAGAAAGAGGGGUGAAGGAGACGAGAGACAAUGGGUGUAAAAGCAUGGAUUGUGCAUCAGAAGCCAAGUUGGAAGGGCCACUAACGCCAACUUCAUCAAGUUCGUUCAAGCCUAAUUUAUUCAUGAUUAAAGACAACACAUUUAAGACAUCACCUGUGAUAAAAGCAGUGAAGCUGCCUCUGUUCAGGUCUUUGUCCUGUGAAGAUGCCAUCACUGGUGGUCAUGUGGGGACUGAAAAGCAGGCUCAUGGGGUUACUACAAACGUUGAAGAGAUAGACUUGUGCUUCUCAAGAAACAGAAGCCAGCACAAUGCAAAAAAUGCUACAACAGACAGAGAUGCUGAUGAAUCAGGAUCCAGCCCAGUAAAUAGCUGUCAAAAGGCAGAAAAAAGGCAUUUUACAGAAUACAUUCUUAGAGAAGGACUAGGGAGAAGCUAUGCAGAGGAACUUGGAGAUGAUAAAGAAGCUAAUAUUACAUCAGCAUUAUCACAGAAAGAUUUGAAAGGCAAGGAGGCACAAUUGGCCAAAGACAAAGAAAAGUCCAGAGCAUGGAAACUGAAUGGUAAUUCUUCCAGACUGCCAAAUGUUGGUUUUGAUGGUGAUCCAGCUCAAAACAAGCAAAACCCUACAAGAGAAAAAGCAAACUAUUUUAAGAACAACCUCUUAUCUAGAAGCAGAGGUGGCUAUUGCGUGAAAAAAAUAAUAAGCCAAGACAUGAGACCCCCAGUAUCAGAGACACGUUCUCAUUCUUCCAGUGAUGCUCUCAGAGACACAUCAGUUACAUUGGGUAACCUAGUUCUUUCUGCUAUACCAAGUCCAAGGACAGACAGUGUGGUGCAAUCUACCUUCACAAGUCCAUCGUCAGAUACAUUUGCAGUAUUCAAAGUACCACCGGCUGAAAAUACAGCAAAUUCCUCUUCACUACAUGGACACAGUGGAAAGAUUCUUUCUGCCAUGGAGGCAUUUGACUCGAUAAGACAACUCUGCAAAGAUGCUAGCCGUUCUCCUGUUGCAAAUGAGAGGCUUCAGCUGAUGGGUCAGAUGGCAAGGAUAGCAGCCAAACCCCCUGCUGUGCCACCAAAAACAGAAAAGACAUUACGACGGGCAAAGAAGCUGGCAUGCAAGAGGAAAAAAAGAGAGGCACAACAAAAAAGGCUUCAGGAUGAACCUACAUCACAUUGUGAUGAUAUUGCAAAUUUGCCACCAGUCCAAUCUUCAUUUUCAACAUGCCUUAAUACUCCCUUUACACCCUCAGAAACUAACCCAGUGGAGCUUCAGCCUACCCCAUCAUUGAGUCCCACACCUUCCUUACCAGCAACAAUCCAGCGCAAAGUCCUUCAGGAUCCAGAUUCAGGAGAGUAUUUUAUUGUAGAUUUACCUAUUCAGUUGACCUUUUAUGAUCCAGAAAAUGGGAGAUAUGUCCAAGUCCCAAUUCCACCUUCAAAAAGUAACUUGAUUCCAAUGCCCUCUGCAGAGAAUCUUCUGUCUUCUUAUGUCUCAUACCCUAGUGCUCUCCCAGUCAGAGUUUCAUCUGUUCCAGCACAGGCAUCACCAUCUCAGUUUUCUGAACCUGCUUCACUUCUGCAAGAAGCACUGUUGGAAUCAGCUUCAAAGUGGCCACAAAGUGGCCAGUAUCCAGAAGCUGUAAGUCAUCAACCAUAUAUUGAGCCUGCUGGAUCUGAUGUUCACAGUGAAGAAGCGGAUGGAUCACAGUAUAACUUUGAAAAGGAUGUGAAUGCUGACAUCAUUUCACUCAGUGCAAUAGAAGAUUUUGAUGAAGAUUGCCACCUGGAUCCAGCAGACGGGUUGGGCCAAGUCCAGAUCAUCCCAGGUUGCUGCAGAUCUGAAUUUCACAAGUGGGUGCUGGGAAUCUUGCUGUUUUCAUACACCACACCUUAUUCAGCUUAGAUCUUAAAUGCAAUGGCUACAAAGAACCCAGUUUCUGCAGAGCCAAUGGAAGAAAUAUAACAUGUGCAAGCUGUACAAGUCUCUUGGGAGAAGUGGAAUGGUGAAAUUUAAUAAAGGAUAAUUCUUAGACAGAAGAAGGGGAGCCAGUUCAGAUGACAAAGCAUAAUCCAACUUAAUUAGAAAGGAAAGAGGAAUACUGAACCAGAGAAACACAGAUUAUUAAAAUGUGCAAUUCCCAUCUGUACCUGUUGAGAUCAUAAACAAUCAAUUAGCAAGUUGCAUGCUGAACCUUUCAAUUCCCAGGGCUACCAAUCCCAGACAUGGGACAUAUAACUUCAGCAUUCCAAGGCUGUAAUACUUUAGUGAGUUUGUGUCAAAUGGCACCUACACAAAAAAAUUGCAACACAGAUGAAGAGGAAAAGUCCAAAUAAGACAAUUGUCUCAGAUACAGAGCAUUAAAUUGGCAUGCCAUCCAGUGUCUGGUUCACGGCAGGCCCAAAAGAAGCCUUAUCCCCCCUUUACCCCCCGCCUCACUGAGAGAAUAUACAGACUUCUUCAGAGCAAGGCAUUGUGGCCAUGUUUCACUUUCCUACUACAGACAGAGGUUCUAUUUAAACAGGUUUUAAGUGAGCCUGUGCCCUCCUACCAAUGUUGCCAUGGCCCAUUGGUUUGCUCCCUGUGGGCCCAAUCUGAGUACUUCCCAAAGUCAAGCCAUGUGGAAGUUACUGUUCCUGUUUCUCUCACUGCACUCAGUGUAAUGUUUUUGUAUAGCAUUGUUUCAUCUUGAUGAAAAUAUGUUGUCACAAGUUUUGGGAAUGGUAACGUGUUCAUUUUUGUCAAAGCUUCAGUGCUUAAUUUUCUUUACAUGUUCAUUAUUCACAAUGUAUUUCAUUCAAUUAUUUUGUUGCAUUUUGUAUUCAAAAUUGUAUUUGUAUUUUGUAUUGUAAAAAAGUAAGGAUUAGGGUUCCUGUUGUGGGCUGCUCCCUUAUUUUGGGGUAAGAGCAAAUCCAGAUAAGAUGGAAGUGCUGUUGUGAGUAGGAAGGAUUCUAAUCUGGAUGGAGAGUUUGUGUUCUCCCAGAAGUAUCAGCUGUGAAUCUUGGAGUUACUCCUAAUCCAGUGUUAUUUAUGGAGUUUCAGGUGAUCUCUGUGUUCUACCUGCAACUCUAGCUUUCAUUGGUUGGCCAGCUAUAUUCAAAGAAAGUGGACCUUGUACAGUGGUUACAUCCAAACCUGAUCUUUAUAAUUCUCUCUGUGUGCCUGCCUCACUGAAACCUCUCUCAAAUGUGUUCCAAAUUUAGUGCAGUAUCAACAAUGAUUGGCGAGAAAGGACUUUGGCUUGAAGAGGUAUAAUCUUCUUCGUCACGUAUCCAAUUUAGAAGACAACCAGUUUCAAGUGUCUGGUGUUCGUAGCUGUUUUGCAGAAAGAUAUUACUGUAUGAAACACCUUGCUGUCAUAAGAACAUAAGAACAUAAGAAGAGCCUGCUGGAUCAGGCCAGUGGCCCAUCUAGUCCAGCAUCCUGUUCUCACAGUGGCCAACCAGGUGCCUGGGGGAAGCCCACAAGCAGGACCCGAGUGCAAGAACACUCUCCCCUCCUGAGGCUUCCAGCAACUGGUUUUCAGAAGCAUGCUGCCUCUGACUAGGGUGGCACAGCACAGCCAUCACGGCUAGUAGCCAUUGAUAGCCCUGUCCUCCAUGAAUUUGUCUAACCUUCUUUUAAGGCCAUCCAAGCUGGUGGCCAUUACUGCAUCUUGUGGGAGCAAAUUCCAUAGUUUGACUAUGCGCUGAGUAAAGAAGUACUUCCUUUUGUCUGUCCUGAAUCUUCCAACAUUCAGCUUCUUUGAAUGCCCACGAGUUCUAGUAUUAUGAGAGAGGGAGAAAAACUUUUCUCUAUCCACUUUCUCAAUGCCAUGCAUAAUUUUAUACACUUCCAUCAUGUCUCCUCUGACCCGCCUUUUCUCUAAACUAAAAAGCCCUAAAUGCUGCAACCUUUCCUCAUAAGGGAGUCGCUCCCCUUGAUCAUUCUGGUUGCCCUCUUCUGAACCUUUUCCAACUCUAUAAUAUCCUUUUUGAGAUGAGGCAACCAGAACUGUACACAGUAUUCCAAAUGCGGCCGUACCAUAGAUUUAUACAACAGCAUUAUGGUAUUGGCUGUUUUAUUUUCAAUACCUUUCCUAAUUAUUGCUAGCAUGGAAUUUGCCUUUUUCACAGCUGCCGCACACGGGGCCGACAUUUUCAUCGUGCUGUCCGCUACAACCCCGAGGUCUCUCUCCUGGUUGGACACCGCCAGUUCAGACCCCAUGAGCGUAUAUGUGAAAUUAAGAUUUUUUGCUCCAAUAUGCAUAAUUUUACACUUGUUUAUAUUGAAUUGCAUUUGCCAUUUUUCUGCCCAUUCACUCAGUUUGGAGAGGUCUUUUUGGAGCUCCUCGCAAUCCCUUUUUGUUUUAACAACCCUGAACAAUUUAGUGUCAUCAGCAAACUUGGCCACUUCACUGCUCACUCCUAAUUCUAGGUCAUUAAUGAACAAGUUGAAAAGUACAGGUCCCAAUACUGAUCCUUGAGGGACUCCACUUUCUACAGCCCUCCAUUGGGAGAACUGUCCGCUUAUUCCUACUGUCUGCUUUCUGCUUCUUAACCAAUUCCUUAUCCACAAGAGGACCUCUCCUCUUAUUCCAUGACUGCUAAGCUUCCUCAGAAGUCUUUGGUGAGGUACCUUGUCAAAUGCUUUUUGAAAGUCUAAGUACACUAUGUCCACCGGAUCACCUCUAUCUAUAUGCUUGUUGACACUCUCAAAGAAUUCUAAUAGGUUACUGAGACAGGACUUUCCCUUGCAGAAGCCAUGCUGGCUCUGCUUCAGCAAAGCUUGUUCUUCUAUGUGCUUAGUUAAUCUAGCUUUAAUCAUACUUCCUAUCAGUUUUCCAGGGACAGAAGUUAAGCUAACUGGCCUGUAAUUUCCGGGAUCCCCUCUGGAUCCCUUUUUGAAGAUUGGCGUUACAUUUGCCACUUUCCAGUCCUCAGGCACGGAGGAGGACCUGAGGGACAAGUUACAUAUUUUAGUUAGCAGAUCAGCAAUUUCACAUUUGAGUUCUUUGAGAACUCUCGGGUGGAUGCCAUCCGGACCUGGUGAUUUGUCAGUUUUUAUAUUGUCUAUUAAGCUUAGAACUUCCUCUCUCAUUACCACUAUUUGUCUCAGUUCCUCAGAAUCCUUUCCUGCAAAUGUUAGUUCAGGUUCAGGGAUCUGCCCUACAUCUUCCACUGUGAAGACAGAUGCAAAGAAUUCAUUUAGCUUCUCUGCAAUCUCCUUAUCGUUCUUUAGUACACCUUUGACUCCCUUAUCAUCCAAGGGUCCAAUCGCCUCCCUAGAUGGUCUCCUGCUUUGAAUGUAUUUAUAGAAUUUUUUGUUGUUGGUUUUUAUGUUCUUAGCAAUGUGCUCCUCAAAUUCUUUUUUAGCAUCCCUUAUUGUCUUCUUGCAUUUCUUUUGCCAGAGUUUGUGUUCUUUUUUAUUUUCUUCAUUUGGACAAGACUUCCAUUUUCUGAAGGAAGACUUUUUGCCUCUGAGAGCUUCCUUGACUUUGCUCCUCCCAGAGCAGAAGAAAGUGGUGUUAAGAACCCCAAGGCUUUUGGCCUUGCAGGACUUUAAUGUCCAUGCCAAGGUCCCCUUUUCAGGAGCACCUCAAGACUUCAUAGCCACCUCAUCAGUUGGAUGACACCAAUUAGUUUAGUUUGGGACCGAGGCAGUUUUGGUAUCCCCUGUGCAGGGCUUCUGCCAGAAAUGGAUGGUGGGAUUGGUAUUCUACUGAUUCACCUGGACCUCUGAACAGCUUUCAGGACCAUUGAAAGCUUCUGGAUCUAUUUUAGUCUUCAUUUAUGUAGAUUAGGCUUGAGAGGCAAAGUUGUGCUGGGUAUUUCUGCUCUAUGACACAGCUGUUGACGGUGCUGAGGAGGUACAAGGCAGAGGACAUUUUCUGCAGCAGGCCUACACUUUUUUGAUUGUUUGCUGACUUGAAGUGGGAUUAUACCCUUGGUCUCAUUUUGCUGUUGGCUUUUAUUAUAUUUUAGUAAUUUGGGGUGGGCCAUCUGUUUUAUUAGUUGCUGUUUUAUUAGUGGAUGGAUUCCAAUGAUUCAUGGAUAGCUAUGGAAUGACAUAUUAGGAGAUACAAUUUAAUCAGUUAUGUUUAUUUCUGAAAAGAAAAAUGGAUAUCAGAAAUGUUGGAAAUAUUUUUUGCUGUAUUGUUCUUUUUCUAUGUUGUUUAUUUUCCUCCUGCAUUUAUAAUUUAAACUUUCAAUAAUAAUAAUAAUAAAACAUCAUACAACUCAGAAAAAUAUAUGAUCUCCAGUUAAUACCAAGACGUAGUAGCAUUUGAGUAAAACAGACUUUUGAAAAACUGAAACAUUUUUUUAAAGCAGCAUUUAUAAGCCUGUCUCUAAGCAGUGUCAAAAUCUCUGCCUCUAUCUGAUCCAGUUGUUGAGUACUCUGGCAGCAAUUUUGCUUUCCAAACUGUUUUUAAAGGUUUAACUAGGGAAUUAUCAUUGUUAGCUCCAUAUUCUCUAAGAAAGGCCUCAGCUGUUGAAUUCGCCAGAGGUGAUUAAAAAGCCCUCUGUGCACUGCCAUCAUCAGGAUAUCCAGUGAAAAUGCCAGAUGCAGGAAAAAGCAUAGCUCCAUCCAGAACAGGUUCUCCACAUACCCAGAGCAUAUCCAUAUGGUGCAGACUAAGUUGCCCUCCUGAGCACUUGACCAUGAAAAGGAUGCUGCUGCUUUUUCUUUUAAGCAACUUCUUUGAGCUAAGGGAAAACUUGGGUGGGCAGAGCUAGGCAGCUCAAGUGUGUGCAGAGAGUUUCGAGCACUAGUAUUACAAGUGCUCCAGACCUCAUCAAUGCUUAAAUAAAAAUUCAGAAAUGUUCUUAUACUGAAAACUUGUGUUUUUUUAACUUGAAGUUGUAAGGUGACAAAUUAAGAAGACUAUUUAAAAAAUAAUAGGUCUGUAGACCUGGUCUUUGUGGUCUAGCCCCACCCCACCCCAUUCUGAUUACAGACCUGCAUUUCUUCCACUCUUCAAUAGAAUGACCAUAUGUCCAUUCUGUAUUGGAAGGGCUGUCACAGGAUAACACUUUGUUUGAAGGUGUGGUCCAUUUUAAAGAUACUUAAGAAGAUCGGGUAGUUGUCCUUGAAGUUGUCUAUCAGCACUUGGCACCUGGGCAGCAGAUUGAGCCUGCACAUAGGCCAGUUUUCCCCACUAUGGUGAGAUGCAUUUUCUUUCUAUUUAAAUUAUAGCUUUUAUUUCUAAAUUUGUAUGUAUACAUAUGUGCAAAUUUUAUGCAAAUCUAGGUCCUCUUUUUGCGUGAUGCAUUUCCUCUUUUUUGGCAAUGCAACAGUUACUCAGCUCCAUUGUGCCUUGUACACUACUGUUGCAACCCCAGUUGAGGUGUCCAGUGUGGCACUUUCCCACACUCUGCAGAAUUGAUUUCAAUAUGUGUGCCUGAUUAUGUGGACAGAACUCUUGCAAUGAUUCAACUAGCUUCUUGCUCUCUUGACCCCUGCCUAUCAUGGCUGGUGAAGCCAGUAAGGAGGGAUUUACCAGAUCAGUCCAGGUUAGGUGCCUCCUGCCUUUUAACCAGGUGGCAUUAAUCCCAUUCCUGAAGAUCUCAUGGUUUGUGUACUGUCCAGUUGCAAACAUUCCUUUCUUGGAAAAUGUGGUGGAGAAUGGUGUCUGAGCAGCUGCAGGAGUUCCUGGAGGAUACAAAUUACUUGGACCUUGGGAAGACACAGAUACUGUGAGUUGGUGGUUCCCUUAUCUGGGAGAUUUUCCAGUUGCCUGUUCUGGAUGUGGUUACAGUCUAUGAAAGAGCAGGUUCAGAGUUUACCUAUUCUCUGAUCCAUCUUUGUCACUGGAUGCUUGGAUAGCUUCAGUAGCUAUGUGCCAUUUACCAAUCCAUACACCAACCACAGCUUGCACAAGGACAGUCUGGCUACAGUGAUUCAUGCACUGAUCUCAAUAAUCGAUUAUUGCAAUAUGCUCUAUAUGGGGCUACCCUUGGUCUGGAGCUGGUGCAAAAUGCAUAGCAAGUCUGUUAAUGGGGACAAUCACCAGCGCAUAAUUCCAGUGCUCAAAAGAUUGCACUGGCUCCCACAACAACUUGGGUUCAGGACACCUCAAGGACAGCCUGAUCCCAAUCCAUGCCUGAGGGCAUCACUGUUAGUAGUCUCCCAUGGCUUGCUGCACAGCUUGUGUCCACCAGGAGCUCUUCUUUCAAUAUUGUAACCCCAAUUUUUUGGAACUCCCUUCCUGAAGACUUUUAGUCUAGAAUUUUAAUUGAAACCUGAUUUUGUACUUUUAACUAAUUUGUAUUUCUUCUGUAUUGAGUUCCUUGUACAAUUGCAGACAAUUGUAGAGAAGUUGAUAAGCAAUAGAUAAGUUGUCUAAAUAAAUAUCUACCCUAUUCCUCAAAGUUAGCCAGGGGAAGAUACAACACUAAACAAUGAGAGAUUGUUAGGUAUAAAGCAAUUGUGGGACUUUGUUGGUGACAGAUAUAGGCCAUCUCAGUGCCCAAGUCCUGAUGUUCCAGGAUAACUCACCUUAUGAACAGCAGGUUGCAUGCUCAGUGGUACUUGCUGCUGGUGCUUCAGCAGAAAGGGGAUCAUCUGCUGCUGCUUCAAAGGCUGCCUUCUAGACCUUUCACACAAACGUAUACAGGUACACUAGGGGGAAGUAAUGUUAUCUGAACACUUUUAAUUUUCCUGGUAUCCACUUUUGUACUGCAUCCUGCAGGUAUUGUGUCCUAAUUGCCUGCUUUACAUCCUCUGAGGAAGCCUUUUAAAGGCUACCCACCCUUCUUACCUAUUGCAAUUGGUCCCUAUAUCCUCCAAGGAUACUAAAUAAUGGAACCUACCCUUCUAGUCUCAUCUCACUGGAGAAUGGUCCAUUUACCCCUUUCCUCCCCUUUCCUCCACUGCUGCAGUCCUGAGGAAAAUCUGUCCUCUAAAGCUACUAAGGAAAAGUACAGAUGCAUCUGUGGAGGGGGAGAAAUACAGAGAUAUCAGCCCCUUUCCCAUGGCCCUUCCCCUCUUCAUCCCAGUCUCCAAUGUUGCUUUUGGGCUUUUUUUUUUUAAUGCACUGGGAGUUUUCAUGCAUCUCCUAGCUGAGGCUGUGUCCACAUUACGGCAUUCAUGCAUAUGUGGGCUGCUGUUUCCAUGUACAUGUUUGUGCACCUUUAUGUGCUUUCAUUUUUAUGCCCCCCAGAUCUAUCCACACACUGUAGUGGUGUUUGUAUUCCUGCUUAUUUUGUUCCCCCCCCUCAGUUAGUCCAUUUCCACCCACCAUAAGUUCAGAAACCUGAGGUCUAUUUUGGGCAUUCAUUCAGGUAUUUGUUUAUUGGUCAAGCACCUUUUAAUUUUUUAAUUCAUGUUUUCUGAUGUACCAGAUUUGCACAAAGCAGCAGUAUAUUAAAAAAAGUGUUUGUGUUGCUUCAAGUCAGGAAACCUGAGGUCUGUUGUGGGAAUGCACUGAUUGUUUACCUGCUUGGACACACACACGCCUUUAAAUCUUUUUGAAAUACAAUAGUCACAGAUAUGCAGUCAAAAAAAAGUGUGUUGCUCCCAGCCAAGCAAGGAUUUGUAGUCGCUCCCAUGAAAGGUUGCUACUUCCUUGCCUUGCCUUUCUCCUUUUUGGCCUCCUGUACCCGGCAAGGGCAAAUUUUAAUUUUAUUUACAAUAUGACAAAAGAGAUGCUUAUGCAAAAGGGAUGUUUAAAAAGAAAAGAAAAUACCAGAAGCUGCAUCUUUCCUGUUAGCUGAUGGAAGCAAAACGGAAGUAGGGGAUGGCACCACUAAAACAUCACCAGAACCCGCACUGAGUUAGGGAACAUUUUACAUUGGAUUUACUUCCCCUUUUUGUAUUUUCCAUGCACUAGGAAAAAUUGAGGGCUGCCAGUUGGAUGGGGAAAAAAUGUGGACAAUGCCCCAAAAUUAAGGCACAAGGAGCUUCAAUUUCACAUAAACAUGAGUUUUCCUGGUUUUAACAAUUUUUAUACUGUCUGACUGAUAUUAUGUAUCUUUCUGCUUCCCCCCCUUCAAACUAGUGGGAGGGGCUUAACAGAACAUGCACAGGCCUUGGGUUGUAGGCUUUCCCAUCUCCUCAGAAACUUCUUCACAUGCCCACUUUCAUAAACAUCAAAAAGCAAGUCUUGGAAAACAGGAGGGAGGCAAUCUUAGCCCUUUCCCUCACCUGGAUGACUUUCCUCCCUCUCCUCUUGCAAUGACAGCUCCUUGAUCUCCAAGGGACCAGAUCAGCCCUUUUUCUGUGGGUGGAGUGCCAUUCAGUAUACUCAAAAACCACAUCCUCUGCAAAUGCAUCGUGUCAGGUGGGGAGGGGGAAAGACAUUUGAAACCUCUGGCAAUUUACACCAAAAACUGGGGCCCAAAACAAUCCCCCCCCGGAAAUAGAAAACUCGCAACUGAUAGGUAAAAUUCUGGAAUAGAUGUUACAUCAUCUGAAAGCUCCAGAAAAAAACAAGGUAGAAAAAGAAAGACAGAAGAAACUGCUGUCUAGCAGCACAUUUAGUGUAGCUUUCAGAACCACUUUUUUUAAAAAAGUCAGAACACAUCAAAUUUAGUUCGAAGUCAAGAUUAUUUAUUAACAAGUGUAGUUUAUUUAAUAUACUUUGGAUGAAUACCGAUGGGACAAAUAAAGCACUUCCUAUUUUAUGCAAAAUGUCUAGUUUUUAAUCAAUCCCUGAUUAAAAUCCAUGGUAGGGCAGGGAGAGACCACUGCCUGAAAUGUUGGAAACCUGCUGCCAGUCAGUAUAAAUAAUACUGCGUUAGCUGGACCACUUACCAUACUCAUACAGAGUAGCUUUCUAUCUUCCUAUGAGGGAGCACCUAUAGUUAAAGUGAAUGGCAAAAACAACACUCUAUCAUUAUAAGCCUCAAAAUUCUAUAGCUGAUAACUUGAAACUUGACACCUAUGAUGAACAUGACCUGAUGAGGUGCAUGAAAGCACCAAAUUUCAAACUGAUCUGCUAAACAUUGCCAUACACACCAUUUAGUGUUGAAAAUUGACACAUUUACCCUCUUUUCCAGUUUUAAGAAAGCAGAUCAUAUAUUUCUUUCCAAUUUUGCUGAAAACUACUGAUUUACUUAUCCAAACUUUUUGCAGAGGCCAUUUUUUUCAUUGGUUUUGUGAUGCUCUGUUCAGUGAUUAAAAAAUUAGUAAGGUUUUCCUGCCCCAUUAAAGUAAAGUAAAUGUAAAUGUACUGCCUUCGAUUCCAACUUAUGGCGACCCCAUGAAUAGGGUUUUCAUGAGGCUGAGAGGCAGUGACUGGCCCAAGGUCACCCAGUGAGCUUUAUGGCUAUGUGGGGAUUCGAACCGUAGUCCAACACCUUAACCACUACACCACACUGGCUCUAGUACUGGGAAAAUAGUGUUGUACAUGACUGAAAGUCAUCUGAAGCCAAGAUUUUGCCAGGGAUUCAAAGUUUGCAGAGGGAGCCACCUAGCGGUUGCCAUUUAUAAUACCUAUUCCUUCAGUUAUGAAAUAUCACAUUGUAGUACAAUGGCUAGAUGAGGGUUUGUUUUUUUGGGGGCCCAUGAAUAUAGUUCAUAAUAUGAAACUGUCAUGAGGAACAACACAUCCCACAGCCAUGUAAUCUCAGAGUGACCCAGUUAGGUAGGUUAUAUGGAGCCAUAUCAAUUGUGGCAAUGUGCUGUGAACCAUAUAACCAAGUAAACAGGAAAAAAAAGUUGCCUAUUCUUAACAAAAUGCAAAAGUUCAGGAAAAAAGAGUUAAGGAUAGGUACGAAUAUAAGAAUUUUAAUAUAUCAAGCAAUAAAAGCAAAUUUUAAAUAUUUAUUACAAAGGCACUUAUAUCACCAGUUAAUGAGAUAAAUGUAUCAUUUUGACAAGUACUUCUUUGGUGUUUGGCCGAAUGCGUUUCAAUAAGUCUUAACUCUUUUUUCCUGAACUUGUGAACCACAUGCCAAUAGUCAAACUAUUAGACCACACUGCCUGCCAACUUUGCACUACAGCAUUACAGUGCGCCUGGUGAAAGUGGAGAUACAGUUUAUUAACAGAUUCCAAUAUUUUAAAUCAUUUUCUUUUCAAAAACUAGGGAAAUUCAGUCAUCAAAAAAGUAGUUAAGAUAUUGGUUCAAGCACCACAAAGCUGGAAAACUGGAAGGUAAGGCUGAUGCUUUAACAGAUGUUCCCUUGGUUAGCAAUGUUCCAAAUUGUGCCAAUUCUGUUGGCAGAUCAGCUGAGGGUUACCAAUCCCGUCCUGUUCAUCAAAUGAUUGAUCUGAUGACAAGGGAGGGGAUGAUUUGCAUCCCCACAACAGCACUGCUUCUCCACUCAUCCAAGAGCUUUGUUUCUGUUCUUCUUGCUGCCAGCAUCAAAAUCACUGGACCCUUGGGGAGCGGAACAGGCCUCAAGGCUAAGAGUUAGUCACUCCUGUCUUGCACCAACAUAAACCCAAUGAUCUCUCAUCUGCUGUAGCUAGAAGAUGACGACAAGUCUGCAGCUUGGCAAUCUCACUGACCUUCUUGAACUCACUGGUGCUGACUUCAGAUUAGGCAUGCAUAGGACUGCACUGUUAAUCUCUCAUUUUCUCUGCCGCCACAAAAAAAGGCAGCAUUGUUUUGAAGAAAGAAUCUUUGAUUUUUACAAUACAUUCUUAUUUAAAUAAAGAAAAAAGGCCAAAUGUAAACAAAGGUUUCUCCAGGAUUUGCUUCAAUCACAGCACUUUCUUCGUAGGUUUCUCCCCCUACAAUUCCCCUCCCACUUUAUCCCUAAAAUAUAGAUAAAGCAAGCCAAUUUCAAUGGUGUGAAAUGGUCUUUUUCAGAUCAAUACAAUUUGAGUCUAGACAUGCAGAAUAACAAAGUGGUAGAAUGGGCUGCAGGUGGAGGCUGUAGGUGGAGGAUGCCACUUAAAACAUGCCCUACAAAAAAGCAAACUAGCCCAUUAAGCAGAAAGGCACUAGCCCAUUACUUUGCUGGUUUUCUAUUUGUGGUGAGUUUUUUAUGUAUCCAAAAUGUGAGCCAUUCUGCCACUAAAUUCUGCUGCAUAUCCUACCCAACUGUACUUUUAAUUUAUCGUGUGAAAAGAGGCCAGUCUAUUUGUCAUAUAAUUCCAGGUGUCAUUGGUUUUAUCAUUAAUGUGCAAUAAUUUGACAAGUUUUCAGAUUGUAAAUCUUUGGGCACCAUUUACCAGGCAUAGUGCUCACACAAGCCCUUCUGAAAUGAAUUGACAUUAUGUGAGAAUUGUGUUGAGAGACUGUGAAACAUGUCUCUUGUGUACAUAUGACAUUUCAGACAUAUAUGUAUGUAUGGAGAGAAAAAUAGGAUUAAAAAUAAUGCAGAGCUCUGCUUGUGGAUACUUUUUUCCUAAAUGUAUUUUUUUAUUAAACAAAGAGAAAAUACAUCAUGCGGCAGGUAUUUCUCAUUGUUAUGCAGCAAAACUGCCAGGCAACGUUUCCAGCUACAUCAGGCUUUGUGAUGGUCUCCAGUUUUGCACAGUCACUAGAGUGUCGCACCAUGAAUUAUUAAAUCAAUGCUUUGUGGUAAUACAUAAUUUCUUAUCAAUUAUUCAUGCUAAUGUGCAUGUAGUUUACUUAAUUGUGUUAUUGACGAUCAAAAGUAAUUUCCUGAAAAUCCUCAAGGACAGAAAAUUUAAUCAGCAUAACUACUUUUCAGAUGCAAUGCUGUUAAGUAUUCUUAAUUUGCUCAACAGUUCACUUAUUUAUGUACCUUUCUGGAGGAAAAAUGAGUUUAAUCAAACCAUUAGAAUGAAGAGUUAGUAGUAUGCAAGGGCCAAGUUCACCUGAAUGAUCAGUAAUUAUUCUGAAAUGAAACUGAGAUUGCUUAUAUUUGGCAAACCAUUUUAAUGGCAGAACUUUAGGAUAUAAAGGGAUAAGACUACAAUGAUGAUUGGGAUGAUCAUGAAAAGAGACAGGAAUUCCUCUUCUUCCCAAGAUAUUUUUGUGUGUUGUUGGCAGGAAGAGCCAUUCUUGUUACUCUUCAGAUAAAUGCUUAAGGUAACAAGUAUUUGAACCAGAGAAGUUCUGGUUGAUUCAAAAUUGCAGAGAUGCUGGAUCUCUGGAUCACAGCUGCAAAGAUCCCUUGCUUCUGCUUUUCAUUCUCUAUGGGCUGGAUUCAAGUUUAUCAAAAGGACGGGGAUAAAUGUUAGCAAUAGAUCAAGUUUAAACAAAGAACCAACCCCCUUGUAUUUCUCUUCAUCAUCAAGUUUGGGAUGGAAUGAAGGCAAGUACUAGUCCAGUAUUGUGUAAAACACUGCAUUUUUAUGCCCAUCACUAGUCUAAGGAACAGGGCUCAAAAUGAGUUCUGAGCCAGAAAGAUCUCUAAACACAUGGCUUGAGCAUUUCCAGUUAUCUGUCUGACAUAGAGCUAUUAAGGCAAGUUGGGAGACUGUGAUUCUGUGCAGCUCUGGUCCUUGGAAAUUUAGUCUCCAGGAGCUUUCACACUUGUUGCAUAUGUUUGAGGGUGGAAUCCUGUAUGUAGUUACUAGAAAUAGGACUGGACACAUUUGUCAGUUUAGGUUUUACUGAGGUUUUUUUUGCUACUCUAGUUCACCACUGAUUUCUGUAUCAUUUGUAAUUUUUUUUGCUAAAGUCAUGACAAAAAUUCAUCAGCAUUUUAGUGCCUAGUCACCUUUUGCUAUUAUAUUAUAUAUAUAUUUGCAAGCAAUGUCUCCUAAUAUAAUGCAUUUUAUGUGAUUUUCACUAAUAUAUGGAAUUUUAUGCACACUUUCCCUUAUUUUUGUUUGGAGAACAGUCUUGCAAAAUUCUGUGAAGUAAGAAUUUCAAAGAAUAGCUGUGUUUUGGUUUGUGUAUUGUUUUGAAAAAUGCAAAUUAAAAUUGAUUAACAUGUGAACUGAAUCUAAUUUCUCCCCCAUUCCUAUCUGGGAGUUGGUCUGAGGAGUUUAAUCAAUGCAUAGGAUUCCACUGUUAAAAGAAUUUGAUUCUUGUAUUGUAAGUCACCUUCAUUUAUCUGAAGGGCAAGGUAGCAAUCCUUAUGACAAAUAAAAUAUGAUAUCAUUGCUUCAUGAAUCAAACCCUUAGUUAUGGACUGCUGCUGAAAUGUCUUCCUUCUGCUCUGUGGAUGAAAUUGAUGAC